AUGGGCAGUUCAGUCCUGUCUGUCAGUUUUCUACAGCAGCUGUAUAAGACCCUGGGAAGGUUGCUCGGGUCCUUCGGGGUUCCAAAAAGCACAGAUGCAGAACCUAUGCUCAGCAGGAGUAUUCCCCAUACCACGCAAGUCUCGGAAGAGCGGCAAUCGAUGUCGUGUGCAUGCAUCCGCGACUCCGAAGUUGUAGAAACUGUAGAUGAAAUCAACCCGUAUUACAGCACCACCUUAUCGGAAGUUGCAAACGUUCAACAAUACAGUUCUGUUGGGUAUCAGUCGACGCGGUCCACCUUUCAUUGCCACCUGAUCGCAAAAGUUCAAGAAGAGCUCCCUGAAUGCUCUCGGCCGGCCGCGUUCCCACCGAACCUGUGAGGGAUUACGAGCCUCCUGCUUGGGAAAGCCAUUCCCUCCCCCGUCUCCCUGGAUGCCUCGCCGU